UAGAGCCACAUGUCAUCACAGUUACAGAUUUGCCUAAAAAACACCAGCACUGCCCAAAUCUCCCUGCUGUACACUGAUGGUUGCUUGCAUCCUAGGAGCAACAUAUAUGCACAAAGAAAUCUUAUUGUCAAAGGACUAAAUAUCUGAAACACCCAUGUUCUGUUGACUACAUCUUGGCAAGGGGACUCAACAGGAAGAUGAAGACCAAGAGAUGCAGUAACCCACACCUGGCCUUCCCUGUCAUGAUCAUCUUCUGCCUGUGGCUGCAAACAAGUGCAAACCACACCGGUUACCCUCAGCUCAGAGAUGAAACCUGGAGUCCCAUCGGCCAAAACCUCAGUGGGAGCCGGAACAGGACAGAAGCAAGUACAAAUUCUGCUCUGAGCCUCAAUUUCAGCAGCCAAAUGACUACUUUUGAAAUUAAAAGUACCCUGCCAUUCUUCUCCUCCACAAUGGCCCAAAAUUCAACUUCCCCUGCCCCGAGUGCAGCUUCCACCACUGGAGGAUUGGGGACCAGCAGCAAACCCAAGAGCCCAAUGACCAAAGAAACCUGUGACAACAAUAAGUCUCUCAUACUGAUUUGCUUCAUUAUCAUUGCAGCUCUUGUGCUCAUCUGCACCUGCCUGUUUCUGUCCACAGUUGUAGUAGCUAACAAAAUGUCCUAUCUCAAAAGAGCCCAGCAGGGCAAACGCAGGCCCAGGACCAAUGGUGACCUCCUGGCCACCAACAGCUUAUGGCCCAUGGCAGCAGGAACGUGGCAGAGGAUGCCCAAGGAGACAAGUGGAACUGAGCUGAUAAUGCAGGAGCUGAUACCAGGGAGGGAUGCUGUGAACCAAAGGAAAACCAAAGAUGAAACUACUGAGAAACUCACCAAAGCAGCAGAUAAUGAACAAGACAGCAAAGAACCAUCCCAGUCACACAAUCCCAUUUUAACCAAUUUUGUAGUUGAGAUUUAAUUCACACUCAGGUAAAAAUUAAUCUUUUCCCUUUGUUACACUGUUAAUGUAAGGCAAAAACAUGACUUUCAAGUAACAACAAGAAUUUCCCCUCAGGAAAUGCCAGAGUUUAGAGUUUUUCUAUUGAUGCCAGUGGGAAUGCUGCAGCCAUGUGUGGAUCCAGAAGGCAGUAAGAAUGUUAAAUAGCUUUCUGUAAGUAGUGUCAACACUGGUUUUACUCCUUUCACCAGAAAUCAGGGUGACAGAAGCUGAUCAGGAUAAACCAAAAGGACAGAAUCUGCCCAUGCUCAAAGACCACGGAGGGGAACAAGGGACAGACUGUCAGUCUGACCACCACACUGAACACUAAGAUGCUGCACAGGUAUAACCAAGUUGCUUUUUAAAGAAAACCAUACAUUAGUCACAACUCUGAUUCAACCCCUGAUUCAGGAUCUAGUCCCUCUCAAAAUGCCCUUCUGGAUUUUCCACCAAGAAUGUCUUAAACCAGCUUAAUUACAUUUGAAGCAGACUGAUUUGAACCAUAUUUAUUGUGUUUUGACAUUGUCUAUGAAUAAAUGAAGUUUGUAGUAUUUCCUAGAAUAUGAGAACUUGUUCAAUUUGUUAUCCUCAAUAAACUUGCAGUAUCAGUUUCUAAAUGA